AUGAAAUGCAAACACAAUGGAGCCAAUGAAGAGCACUGGUUUGUGCCGGACUUAAAGUACUACAUCGGACCUGCUUCUAUACAGUGUAAGUUGGACGCCUUCAUCUACGACGCAGCCGUGCUCAACUACAUGGCGGGCCGGGACGACGGCUGUAAGCUGGUGACCAUUGGCAGUGGAUAUAUCUUCGCCACCACGGGCUACGGCAUCGCGCUACAGAAGGGCUCCUACUGGAAGAGGCACGUGGACCUGGCUAUACUCGGCAUCAUUGGGGACGGUGAGAUGGAGGAGCUGGAGGCGCAGUGGCUGACCGGCAUCUGCCACAACGAGAAGAAUGAGGUGAUGUCGAGCCAGCUGGACAUUGACAACAUGGCUGGGGUCUUCUACAUGCUGGCCACCGCCAUGGGCCUGGCCAUCCUCACCUUCAUAUCUGAGCACCUGUUCUACUGGAGGCUGCGUUACUGUUUCACUGGGGUGUGCACUGGGCAGCCUGGCCUGCUCUUCACCAUCAGUAGGGGCAUCUGGAGCUGUAUCCAUGGUGUGCAUAUCGAUAUGAAGAAGAAGUCUCCAGAGCUGGACUUCAGUCCCCAGGCCAACAUGCUGCACCUGCUCAAGUCGGCCAAAUCCAUGGCCCUGUCGUCACCCAAGCGCAACACUGUGAUGCUGCAGCCAAAUAUCCUUGACAUGAUGAAAGGUAACUCGCUUCACGGCCUGGCUCCGAAGGGCCCUGGUCUCUAUGGCAACGCGGCCAGUCCGCAGGGUUUCAUGUCGCUGUCGACCGGACGCCAUAAGAACCUGCUCAACAACGCUACCCCAUUUGCCGGGCAACCCAAGGGCCCGCCCCUCCCCACCAGCCCGGACAACCAUAAGCCCGCCCCACAGCUGCCCGCCAUCGCUAACGCCACGGCCUCCAAGCCCCGAGCCCUAUGGAAGAAGAGCGUAGAAACCCUGAAGACCCAGCCGGUGCCCCCCACCCCGGGGGCCCAGAGUCCUGGCGGGGGCGGAGGGGGCUCAGUUGCGUCUGGCCAGGGGGUGCCGCCACAACAGCCAACACAGAUGAAGAGCCAGCGGUACCUGCCUGAGGAGCCCCCGCACUCGGACAUAUCGGAGUGCUCCAGCCGGCCCCCCUCUCACAAGGACUCAGACUCCAUGGCAACCAGGGGAGGGUUCAAGCCUGUCAAUCAGCUGAGGAAGAGAGGAGGAGGAGGGGGAAGUGGUGGAGGAGGAAAGAUCUACUCCAUAGACUCAGACCAGGCCAGCCUUCAGUCGGCACUGCCCUACCACCGUGAGAGCCAGGGGGGCAGCGAGGAGCACCCGUACCCUCCUGACCUGUUCCCCACUGAUAGCUCAACGUACGCCCACUCUCCCCAGAUGGAUGUGCCCAUCCUGCAGCUGAGUGCCAGUCUGCUCCACCACAGCCACAGCGCCGAGGCUGACCUGCACUCACUCAAAGACAAGAAGUACAGCACUUACAGCACCCACAGCAGUGUGAAGGACAAAAGCAUUGGAUCUUUCGAUGGAGGAGGCACAGGCACACAGGCCGUACGGCCGGGUCACUGUCGUUCCUGUCUGGCCAAACUGAGCAGUUACUCUGGCCUGUACACUGUGCGCUCCCCCCAGGCACGCUGUGAUGCCUGCGCUCACCUGGGUAAUCUGUACGACAUCAGCGAGGACCACCUGCACUCCCACUACAGCCACCAGGCCCACCCCGGGGACAUGUUCACCCACUACCUGCCCCAGGCCGAACUGGGCCUGGUGGGCGAGGGGGACGGGCUGGUCAGUCACUUUGAGCCGUCUCCACCCUCUCCAUCUGCACAGCAGCUGCAGCUGAGCCGGCAGCACUCGUACGAGAACGUGCUUCCAGAUGGUAUCCCAGAGCGCCAGGGCCUCCUCAGGGGGCUGGGGCUGUCUGACAGAGACGGGCUGGGCCUGGACGAGGGAGCCUAUGCCAAUGUGCUCACCAUGCGCUCAGACCGGCCUUACAGCAGCCGCAGCCCCCCCUCACCCUCACCUUCUCACCACCACAGCCUAGACGCUCCCAUGCCCCUGCCCCGACGCUCCAAAAGCCUCUUUCCUGACAGGCCCUCUCAGAACCCUUUCACCCAAUCAGCUCCUGGCACCGCACAGAGGGAGCCUGCCACCCAGCCUGUGACCCGCCUACCGCAGAGAAGCUCAGCCCAUGAGCUGUACAAGCAGCGCAUGCCACUGUCACUCACUCUGGGAAACCAUGGCAACCACCAUAUGAACCAGUUGAGUGGACUGGAGCAGCAGGCCUUCUACCCCGCACAAGAGCCCCCAGUGGUGGCCUACAUGGUGGCUCCUGCCGCCUCUCAGCCCAUCAGCUAUGUGACAGCACCACGGGCCUCCAGCGCUGGGGGCAACAGGCCACGCCUCUACCGCCGCAUGCCCAGUAUUGAGUCUGAUGUGUGA